GGCCCACUAUGAACAGUGUUGUCAACAUGUUGUUACAGCAUUGUUCAACUGUAACAACUUGGAACAACAUGGUUGACAACUUGUUUAUAGUUGGCCGCACAACAUUGUUCACGCCUGUCGAUAUCAACUUGCAACAACUUGUGCGUUUUUAGCCGUGUAGUAUUAUUAUUUGAAGCGUUAAACUAACAAAAUGUUUUAUAUAGGUAUUCUGUGUUUUGUGGCAGCAGAAUUACAUAUGGUAUUUUAGGAUUUUCUCUAACAGUUCAAACGCAGGCUGAAAAGUACAGGUAUAUAUUUAUAAUUAUUAAUAUCAAGAUUUUGUACCAUAAAUAAUAAGAUUCAUGCACUUAAUAUAAGAACCAGCAUUUAUGUUCCUGAUGCCAUUAUAUCAUAUCAUUAUAAUUAGUAUUCAAAUAGGCACAGUUGGACAAUGUUCGUGAUAAAUAAUAUUGAAUAAAUGUUCAAAUUUAUUUUCUAGUGCCGACUUUGUUAAGGAACGGAUGGAUCUCUUCUUGAAUGACUUUCUACGAAAUUUACCAAAUAUCGAUCCUGACGUUUUCAAAAAUCAUGUAUGUUUGUUGUGGCUAUAGCUUCAAUGAUUCAUGUUAAUAUUGCCUGGAAGAAAAUAUCACUAUUACACUGAAGUUGUUAUUAAAUUCUCAAAUUAAAUACUACUAAUCAGGACUGCAAAUAAAUAUUCUUGACAGGACAUAUGUCUGACCAGUUUCCAAUUUAGUUGUGCAUAACUCAAAUUCAGUGGUCGGACAUAAAUGUAUUAGCACUAUAUUAUGUUUGCUCGGACACAUAAUGUUUAGUUCUUUCAUGCUUAUGAGUACUGAAUUGGUAUUUAAUACAACAUACAACUUGCUUUUAAACAGCAAAAGAGCCUUUAAAAAUUUAGUUUAUAAUUAUAGUCAAAUGAUCAUUAUAGAACAAGUUAUUAAUAAUAUACAAUGAAUUGUAAUAUUAUAUCCAUGGACUGAUUAAUCAAUAAUUGCAAAUGCGUUGUUCUCAAAUACAGGUUUCUUCAAUGAUGAAAGUGAAGCAACAUGAAGAUUUGAAUAUAGCUGAAGAAGUCGAUCGAAACUGGAAAGAAGUAACUGAUGAAACUUAUAGUUUCGAACGACUGAAUAACGAGGUAUAAAGGUAGAAAUGUACUAGAAUAUUGUGUAACACCUAAUUUGUACAACAUAAUUUUUGAGAGCAUAUAUCUUAGCUCUAGAUACUAUGCUAUCGAGUUGUUUAUGUGUAUGUGCAUGCGUGCGUUAAACAUUCAGGUCGACUAAUUAGGGCUGUACGCCUGCGAACAUGCAUGCAGGUAGUAAAACAAAUAUGGCGACUUUCUACAGGGUGACGAGUUG